UCCGCCCACCUCUGGUCUGGACCCCUUCACGUCACUCAGAAAAUCUCACUUUUGCAAAGUUCAAGUUGAAUUGUUUUUGCUGUCUGAUCUCUCACCAAGAACAUUUUAUUUCUUUAAAUUAAAGAUUAUGCGGUGACUGUUUUUGCAUAGAUUUAGUAUUAAAAGCCUCAAAAUGGAACGAGAGGAAGAUUAUUUUGAGGACAUCGAAAGUGCACUGGGAGCAACGUCAAUAAUUGAUUUUCCUGCUGAAGUUCAACGAGCGAUAGAACAGGUUUUGCCCUGCGAGGACCCCUUGGCAAAAUCUGACUUUGAUGCGGUGGCCUACAUUAACACCUUGUUCCCAACCGAGCAAUCCCUGGCCAAUUUAGAUGAGGUCGUCGCACGGAUGGAGCAAAAGAUUCUGAGCAUUGAUGAAGAUAUUAGAACUGUUGUUCGCAACCAGAGUCGAGUCGGAAAGGAUGGAAAAGCAGCUUUAGCUGACGCUCAGAAAGUUAUCGAGCACUUAUUUGUGCAAGUCAGGGAUAUAAAAAUGAAGGCCGAGCAGUCGGAGGCAGCAGUGCAGCAAAUUACACGAGAUAUCAAACAACUGGACUGUGCAAAGCGAAAUUUGACGUCUGCCAUCACUGCCCUGAAUCACCUACACAUGCUGGCGCAAGGGGUUGAAAGUUUAAGACUACUGAUUGAUAAACGAAAGUACGGUGAUAUUGUGAUGCCUCUGCAAGGGGUGCAGCAAGUGAUGGAGCACUUCAAGGACUUCACUGACAUUCCUCAGAUUAGAGACAUGGCCGCUGAGGUUCAAGAAAUUCACAUUCGUUUAGAGAAGCAAAUUGUGUCGGAUUUCCACGAAGCAUUUGAAGGGCCGAACGCAAAACAUUUCACCCCAAACAGGCAGCUUGCUGAGGCUUGUCUUGUUGUUUCUGUGCUUGAUCCAAGAGUCAAAGAGGGAUUGCUGCACUGGUUGUCCGACUUGCAACUGGCCGAGUACAAGCACCUUUUCCACGAAAAUCAGGACUCUGCCUGGCUAGAUAAUAUUGAAAGAAGAUACAGCUGGCUCAAGAAGCACCUAAUGGAGUUUGAGGACAAAUUUGGCCCAAUGUUUCCUCCGACGUGGGAGAUCUCUGAAAGAAUUUCAGUUCGGUUCUGCGAGGUCACUCGGGUUCAGCUGUCUAAUGUAAUGAGUCGAAGAAAACAUGAGAUUGACGUGAAGCUGCUCUUGUUUGCCAUUCAACGAACGACAGCAUUUGAGAAUCUGUUAGCCAAGCGCUUUGUCGGAAUGACUAUUCAAAAAUCUGGCAACAACAAUCCAUUUGAACAAGACGAUCAGCAAGGUUUGAAUCCUUUUGAAGAGGACGUGGCGGCAGGCGGAGAGCUCGAAGCCAUAAAGGCCAAAUCAGCAGCCAAUUUUAACGGAUUGAUUGGGCAGUGCUUCAUCCCUUAUCUGAAUGUCUACAUUGACAGCAUUGACAGAAAUCUUGCUGACCUGAUGGAUCAAUUUGUACAAGAGUUGAAGAUUUCCGCUCCUCCUGUCAUAACAGAAGGCGGAGCUGGCUGCGCGAUUUUGCCAAGUUGCGCUGAUCUUUUUGUCUUUUACAAAAAGUGUUUGCUGCAGUGCACUCAACUGAGCAAUGAACAGCCAAUGGUUGACUUGGCAAAGUUAUUUCAAAAGUACCUUCGAGAAUACGCAAUUCGUAUCUUGCAGAAUGGCUUGCCAAAACUUUGUACAACCAGCAGUUCGUUGAGCAGCAUGACCAAUUUGACUCGAGAUCUGCGAGACUUGUCGUCAGCAGCAGGGAUUAUCCAGAAUUUUAGUAUGUUGUUGAAAGAAGGGGAUCAAGUGACACGAUACACCAAAGAGGAGCAAGCAAAAGUGUGCAGCAUCCUGACCACUGCCGAGUACUGCCUGGACACAACCCAGCAGUUGGAGGAGAAGCUGAAAGAGAGAGUCGAUCCUCGUUUGGUAGCACAGAUCAAAUUUUCUGCCGAACAGGAUAUUUUCCACAACGUUAUUUCAAACUGCAUCCAGUUACUAGUGCAAGACUUGGAAAUUGCCUGCGAACCAGCAUUCACUGCAAUGAGCAAAAUCCAGUGGAACAGCAUUGAAAGUGUUGGUGAUCAAAGUGGAUACGUCACAGCAAUCACGGGUCACCUCAAAUCAACCAUUCCGAUCAUUAGGGACAACUUUGCUUCGUCAAGAAAAUAUUUCACACAAUUUUGCAUCAAAUUUAUCAAUUCAUUCAUUCCGAAGCUUAUCCAGAACAUCUGCAAAUGCCGGCCAUUGUCAACAGUGGGCGCAGAGCAGUUGCUUUUGGACACUCAUAUGUUCAAGACUGUUUUGCUGGAUCUCCCUUCUCUCGGCUCUGCUGUCAACAGAAAACCUCCUACGGCAUUUACAAAGAUUGUCGUCAAAGGUAUGACCAGAGCGGAAAUGAUUUUAAAAGUAGUGAUGGCUCCCUGUGACCCACCAGCAGCAUUUGUGGAGCAAUACAUUAAACUCCUGCCACAGUCGGACACAACUGAAUUCCAGAAAGUCUUGGACAUGAAGGGACUGAGACGACAGGAUCAGACAGCAAUGUUGGAGCUCUUUCGACAAAAUCUUCAGAAGAUCCAAGACUUAUACCAAGAUGCACCAAGAGACGAGCAGCGAGACUUUACGGUAGCCGACUCAAAACCUACAUUGUCAAUGGUAACUAGUCCUGAGCACGAGUCUUCAAGAAUCAAGAAACUGGAAAAGUUGAUCAAGAAGAGGUUGUAAAAAAUUAUUCAGUUACAAAAUUUUCAGUUCAAUUCAUGAGUCUUCCUACUGGUCUUAAAAUGAACCCAUGAUUUAAAGUCCAAUUGAUUGUUUUACACGGAAAAAAAUUUUUAAUUGAAAAAAAUUCUUAUCUAAUUAGAUUUUCUACGAAAUUAUAUAGCGGAUGUUUUAAGAAUCUUGGUGUUAAAUAUUUAAAUUGUUAUUUGUAUGUGCAUAUUUUGAAAAAGAAGUUUCUGCAAUACUACUGCCAAAUUUAGAUCAAUAUGGAAUUAAUUAAAACAAUAAGCACAUAUUGAGUAUGUGGAUGCCUAAAUAUUUGCAUUAAUUAGCAUUUGCCUAGAUAUUUGUAUUCCAAAUAUGUACAAUUCCUGAAAACUUAUUCUCCUAUUAUAUCCAGGGGUUGGUUAAACUAAAAACUCUCAAAUUAAUAUCCGAUAAAUGAGAACCGUUGAAUGUCCUUGAAACCUUUAAAGCUCAUGUAAUUCUUGUAAUGGAGAUUGUUUCGCAACAAUUAAUUGCGAGUAAAUUCUUAAGAAAUUUAAUAUUUCAAUGUUAAUUGAUCAUUCUUUGUCUGCGCUGUCCAUGAGUAAAAAAAAUGAAAUUAUAAUGUGUCAU